UCUUUCUCCUCGCGGUGAUUCUGGCUAUCGCCCUGCGCCUGCGACGCUCUUCCAGGGCAGAGGAUUGGGGCUGCUUUCAGCCUGGUCUCAGCUCCAAGCCUGGACCAGGGGUUCUCCCCAAUUACAGUGAGGGAACAUUGCCCUAUUCCUACAAUCUGUGUGUUGCCUCACAAACAGCCAAGACAGAGUUUAAUUUUCUCAACGUGACCCCGGAAGUGGCUUCUGCACAAGAUCUCCUCUGUGACAAUGCCUCUUGGGAACCAAAAGCAAAUCGUGGAGACGCUGGGGUCCCCUUUCCCUCAGAAACUAGUUUAAAGGUGAGCUCUAAUUCAUUUAUUUUCACUUCUGGUUUUAUUGCUUCUUAGCAAAUCACCUAACUUGGGUAGGAAGUUCCAUUGCGUAUUUAUGAGUUAGAUUUGGUCAAUGUUGUGCCUUAAUUAUCUUAAUCUUAUCUAACUGAAUUUUAAGAGUUUUCUGUCUGAAGUGCGAGAUUUAUUUACCCAUAAUUGCAAACCUUUACUGCGUGAGAUUCUGCACUGUAUUUCAUUUUUUUCCUCAUCUUUACACUACUUCUCUCUGAAAUUUCGUUACUAUUGGGAUUUUAAGCAAUUUCUUUCACUUUCAGGCUCUUUGUUAUUCAAAUUUUAGUUUUACUUCCUCUUAGAGCCGUAGUACUUCAGAGUAAAGAGAGUCCUCAUUUUACUAGUUCUUGGAAAUUGGGAACCAAAGAAGAAAGACUUUUGUAUAAUGGCAUGGCUUGUUAACCACAGGGCAUGGGUAGGACAUUGUCCCAUUGACUUGAAGACCAAGAUUCGAUAAGCUAAAUGUCUUGGAAUCACAAAUCUAUUUUUAAAUGAUAAGCAAUGUUUGAGGCCUGAGGUGUCUGCUACAAAGAGUGCAUUUAACAAAUGUGAGAAAUCAUUCUCUAACAUGCGUAUUAACAAAUUGCUCUUGAGAAAAAUUGCACAUUGAGAAAAAUCUUACAACCUAUGCUCACAUCAUUUUCUACCAAAUAUUACUUAAAACUUUGCUUUUGAAUUUCCUAAUUAUAUAGAAUAUUUUAUUUUCUUAGUUUUCUAUGAAAGUAUCAUUAAAUUAAAUGACUCUGAAACGUCUAUUUUUUUAAAUCAUGAGGUUUUUCUAUUUCUGUGGCUGUAUAAAGAUUAUAGCAUUAAAUAUCUGUCUCAACAUAGAAAGGCCACUUAGUGCUGCUCGAUGAUAAGUAUCUGGUCAUGCUUUCCUGCACGGAUGAUGAAAUAAAGCCCCAUUCUCCACAGUUGCUAUAAUGAUUGUCACUGGAACUACAAAUAUUUGAACGUGGUAAUAGAAAAACAUAAAAAUGCAUAGUUAACCCAAUUCAAACACUGUCUGAGAUGGUGCAGAAACUUUCUGAAAGUCCUCACAAGUAACAAAGAUCUUUUUUUUCCUGCAUAUGACAGCUAAUAUAACUUACAUAAAUCAGUAGGCCUUUUUGGAAAGGUGCAUUAAGAACUGGAUUUGUUUCCUUGGCAGUCUUAAGCAUGUUUAUAAAGGUAUCCUAAUAAAUUGAUGAAAUCUUGAAUCCUGCAAAGCUAAGAAUUUGAACAUCCUAAUUUAAUGGACUAAAUAUAGGUAAGAGGUAAAUAAAGGACAUAGGCUCAAUGGUGAAUUAAAUAAAACUUUUGUAAGGUUUUGGAAUCUAAUAAUCAUAUUGAUCUCAGGGAUUGUGGAAUUCUUGCUGUUUCAGAAUUAAAGCGUAACUGUCAUAAACAAUGCUACAUAGUUAAUCAUGAAGGAUAUAGCAACAUUGUCAGAAAUAAAAAUAUAACUAAGGAGAAAUAAAAAUGGAAUUUGGUGUAGUAACUUGUUAGGACUCUGAGCGUCGCUGUUGACCAAAGUGGGAAAGAAGCUGCAGCGGUGACCCGACUCCGCUCCCUCCAUACUAAACACUCACAGACCAGACAAGCUCCUACGAAAAGCCAACCCACCACUCCAAUUUUCGUCAGGGAAUAUGUACCCAUCGGCUUUAGAUAAAUAAGGAAGCAGCGGGCUGAAACAGGACUAGGAGAAAAUUGGGCCGAGAGAAGACAAUGAGGAGUCCACCAAGGCGCUGGCGCUGCGGAGAGCUGGGGCUGCUUUUCACGCUCCUGGGGACGUUGUGCGAGCCAGGAUCCGGGCAGAUCCGCUACUCGGUGCCAGAGGAGCUGGACAAAGGCUCCUUCGUCGGCAACAUCGCCAAGGACCUUGGGCUGGAACCCCAGGAACUGGAAGACCGCUGGGUCCGCAUCGUCUCCAGAGGUAGGACGCAGCUUUUCGCCCUGAAUCCGCGCAGUGGCAGCUUGGUCACCGCAAGCAGGGUAGACCGGGAGGAGCUCUGCGCUCAGAGCCCGCUGUGCGUGGUGAACUUUAACAUCUUGGUUGAGAACAAAAUGAAAAUUUAUGGAGUAGAAGUCGAAAUAAUCGAUAUUAAUGAUAACUUCCCCCGUUUCCGGGAUGAAGAGUUACAAGUAAAAGUUAAUGAAAAUGCGGCUGCAGGAACCAGUUUAGUGCUUCCCUUCGCGCGCGAUGCGGAUGUGGGUGUGAACUCCCUCCGGAGUUACCAGCUCAGCUCCAAUCCGCAUUUCUCUCUGGAUGUGGUAAGCGGAACUGAUGGACAAAAGUAUCCGGAGCUGGUGUUGGAACAGCCCCUAGACCGCGAGAAAGAGACUGUUCACGACCUCCUACUCACAGCUUUAGAUGGCGGAGACCCGGUACUCUCCGGCACCGCGCACAUCCGUGUUAUGGUCCUCGACGCAAACGACAAUGCUCCCCUGUUCACUCGAUCCGAGUACAGAGUGAGUGUUCCAGAGAACAUACCUGUGGGCACUCGGCUGCUCACGGUAACCGCCACGGAUCCAGAUGAGGGAAUAAACGGGAAACUGACCUACUGUUUUCGCAAUGAAGAAGACAAAAUUUCAGAGACAUUCCAACUUGAUUCCAACCUGGGGGAAAUCUCAACUAUACAAUCACUGGACUAUGAAGAAUCCAGAUUCUACUUCAUGGAAGUGGUAGCUCAGGAUGGAGGCGCUCUUCUGACCAGCGCUAAGGUGCUGGUCACAGUACAGGACGUGAAUGACAAUGCCCCCGAAGUGAUCCUCACCUCUCUCACCAGUUCCCUCUCUGAAGACUGUCUUCCCGGAACUGUAAUCGCGCUGUUUAGCGUACAUGAUGAUGAUUCUGGAGAAAAUGGUGAGGUUGCAUGUUCUAUUCCUAGAAACCUGCCUUUUAAAUUGGAAAAGUCAGUUGACAAUUACUAUCACCUAUUAACAACUAGACACCUGGACAGAGAAGAGACUUCAGACUACAAUAUUACUUUAACCGUCAUUGACCAUGGAACCCCACCCCUCUCUACAGUAAACAACAUCCCCUUGAAAGUGGCAGAUGUCAAUGACAAUCCACCCAACUUCCUUCAAGCCUCCUACUCCACCUCCCUCACAGAAAACAACCCUAGAGGUGUCUCUAUCUUCUCUGUGAUGGCCCAUGACCCCGACAGCGGUGACAACGCUCGAAUCACCUACUCCCUGGCUGAAGAUACAUUUCAGGGGGUGCCCUUGUCCUCCUAUGUCUCCAUUAACUCUGACACUGGUGUCCUGUAUGCACUGCAAUCCUUUGACUAUGAGCAGUUGAGAGAGCUACAGCUGUGGGUGACAGCCAGCGACAAUGGGAGCCCUCCACUUAGCAGCAACGUGUCGCUGAGCCUGUUCGUGCUGGACCAGAACGACAACACGCCUGAGAUCCUGUACCCCACCCUCCCCACAGACGGUUCCACCGGCGUGGAGCUGGCACCCCGCUCUGCAGAACCUGGCUACCUGGUAACCAAGGUGGUGGCGGUGGACAAAGAUUCAGGCCAGAACGCCUGGCUGUCCUACCGCCUGCUUAAGGCCAGUGAGCCUGGACUUUUCACUGUUGGGCUGCACACAGGUGAGGUGCGCACAGCGCGGGCCCUGCUGGAUAGAGACUCGCUCAAGCAGAGCCUCGUGAUGGCCGUCGAAGACCAUGGCCAGCCCCCUCUUUCAGCCACUGUCAUGCUUACCAUGGCUGUGGCUGACAGAAUCCCUGACAUCCUGGGUGACCUAGGCAGCAUUAAGACCCCCACUGACCCUGAGGAUUUGGACCUCACGUUCUAUCUUGUGGUGGCAGUGGCUACAGUCUCCUGUGUCUUCCUAGCCUUUGUCAUUGUGCUGCUGGUGCUCAGGCUGAGGCGCUGGCAGAAGUCACGAAUGCUUCAGGCUGAAGGCAGCAGGUUGGCGGGUGUGCCCGCCUCACACUUUGCGGGCAUGGAUGGGGUUCAGGCUUUCCUGCAGACCUAUUCCCACGAGGUCUCCCUCACCGCGGACUCCAGGAAGAGUCACCUGAUCUUCCCCCAGCCCAACUAUGCAGACACACUCCUUAGUGAAGAGAGUUGUGAGAAAAGCGAGCCUCUUCUGGUAUCGGAUAAGGUAGAUGCAAACAAAGAAGAACGACGAGUUCAGGUUAGUUUUCUCUUUCGAUGAGGAUGACUGGAACAUUUUCAUUUGCUUCCUCUUUCAUUUUUCUGUCGUAUUCAAAAUCAUGAAUAGUGAUUUUGAAUAAUAGCUACAUAAUUAUUAUGUAAUUAUGUAGCUAUAUUAAUAAUAGCUACAUAAAUAGUGGAACAUUAUUUGCUGUAUUGGAGAUUAAUUUUAUUUUAUUUGAUAAUUUAUGCUUUCUCCAUUUGUUUUUAAAUUCUGUUUUGGGAAAUCUAGUUGAUAUCUGCAGACUUAAGUGAAACAAAUACCUUCAAAGAAAGUGCUACAAUAUAAUCAUUUUACCCAAAGAUCUUGUUAUAUUGGAACUGCAGUUCUAUUAAGAGAAGAGAAGUUUCAUUAGCUCAGAUUGUUAGGUGUAUUUGUUCUCUUUUGAAUAUCUGCCUAGACACCAUUAGUGAAAGUGUUUUGAAAGGAUAAUGUGUAGGACUGAUAUUUUAGGCUACCUGAAAUUUGUUUAAGGAACUAAUUUACAGUAUUUACAUAAAUCAGUGGAAAGGUACAGAGAAAUUCUGCAUCAUACAUAUCAGAAAAGUAGAUUGAAUUUAUAGUGAUGAUAGCAUGUAGCAUUCUAAAAUCUGGAGAGUUUGUGUCAAGCCAUGUAAUUAUUGGAUAUGUGGGCUUGUUGAGAGGAGAAGUCAGUGUAAAGGAACCUUAAAAUUAGGCUUCAUUCUGUAAUGUAAACUCUCCAAAGACUUGCAUACUGCUGCAUUCAAUAAAUAUAAAUAUGUCACACACAUGGCUCUUCUAGUAUAGAUAAUCUGUUCACUUAUUAGAAUCAAUACCUACUGAAUGUGUUAGUGUUUCUUUAAGUGUAGGUACAAUUAUCCUUUAUUACUUGAGUCUAAGGUUGUAUUUGAAAAAAACAAUUCAACUUAAGGAUGGUUCAAAUUUUUAAAUUUUAUUUCUAAGUAAUGUGCUCAUCUUAAAUUAAUAGAUUUGCCUUAAUGAAAUACUAGUCUAUGUGCCUCAAAUUCCAGGAGGAUGUCUUGUGUAAUGAAAGAACUACUAGAUUUCCCUUCUGCAUCUGAUUUGCUGAAGAUGAUUUUCAGAUGCUUCUUAUUAAAAUAUUCUUAAUCCUUCAAAUUUUGUACUUUUAACACCUUGAACAUCAGCUUCACAUAAUGACUAAAUAAGGGGAAAAGGUAAUAAAAUAUUACAAAUGGGAUAGUAAGCUACCACAUGAAAGGUUAAUUGACACAUUAAAGAACCUAAGACCACUUGAUUUUUAUUUAUUUUUAUUUUUAUUUGGUCAGAAUGUCCAUAUAUAUAUAUAUGCACCUAUAUACACACAUACACACACAUGGACAUUCUGACCAAAAUGUAAAAUGUACAGACUCACUGAAUAGUGAAUGCAUCCAAAGAGUAACAAGAGAAUCUAUAUAAUAGGUGCUGACAUCAUUCACUCCUAUGUGAAAACUUGCUUUUCCAUUUUUCUUUUUUUAAGAAAAUGUUAUAUGCUUCUCAGAGUAUGGCAUUUGGGAAAAAUUAAAGGUUAUAGAUUUGGGUACGUUUCCUCUGAGUUAACUUUUCUGUGUGCAAUGGAAAAAUAUCUUUAAACUCUCUAUAAACUACUAAUAGACUUUAUAAAAUGCUUGAUCCAUACAUUCUGAAUGUAUGCACUAUAUAUACUAUAUAGUUUUAAGUAUCUGAAUCUUUAGUUGUAUAUGUGUUCUGAAGGAUAAUUUUCCAUACUAAUUGAAGUGUUCAUACAAUAAACACUUGGCAGUAUGUUGGAAGGCA